CUCGCAGAAGAAGAACUUGUAGUAGAAGUUAAACGCGAAUCCUCCUGGAUAGUAAACACAGCAGGUUUCGGCUAUGCAGAUGCAUUUCUGCCAUGUUUAUUGCUCAUAUGCUUUAUUCGACCGUCUACUGGAGCUUUAAUUGAGAUGAAAUGAGAUUAAUUUUUGUGGCAGCUCCAGCACUACAAAGCUGACUGGGUUAACCGACCGCUCGUUAGUCUUUUCUUUAACAUUAAUACCUCUCUGCAUCAUUUUCCAUCUCUCAACCUGAUGGAAGAAAGUUUCAGGGAAGAUCAGAAUGGCGUUCGGAGCGUUGUACGGAACCGGAGUUCGUGCACGCGCACGGAGAAGGCGCGCGCCCGUGGCACACAUGAACGCGCGCACGUUCACGCUUCAGACUCCUACAGACGGUCCUGUUUAAACGGAUCGUCUCCAAGUUUGUCCAUGAGCCGUUAUAACCGCAGUGAUGUCUGGUCAGUGUGUCCUGUGCUCACAGUGCUGCUUCUGUCCGUGUGCACCCGCUUCUACAAGCUCCCUGAGCCGCCGCACGUGUGCUGGGAUGAGACCCACUUUGGGAAGAUGGGCAGCUAUUAUAUUAACCGCACCUUUUUCUUUGAUGUUCAUCCUCCACUUGGCAAGAUGCUGAUUGGCCUAGCAGGAUACCUGACCGGUUACGACGGCACCUUUCCUUUCAUUAAACCAGGGGACAAAUAUGAGCAUCACAACUACUUGGGGAUGAGAGGGUUCUGCGCAGCUCUCGGCUCCUGUCUGCCUCCUUUUGCUUUCUUGGUGGUCUGGGAGCUGUCUCGUUCUACUACAGCUGCUCUCAUAGCGGCUUACCUUCUCAUUUUCGACACUGGAUGUAUCACCCUCUCGCAGUACAUCCUGCUCGAUCCCAUCCUCAUGUUCUUUAUUAUGGGAGCUGUUCUGAGCAUGGUCAAAUUCAAACAGGAAAGAAACAGACCCUUCAGCUGGUCCUGGUGGCUGUGGCUGCUUCUGACAGGAGUGAACCUCGCUGGCUCUCUAGGGGUGAAGUUUGUAGGGCUGUUUGUCAUCUUACUAGUGGGCAUCAAUACUGCUUGGGACCUCUGGAAACUGCUGGGAGAUAUUAGUCUCUCUCUGGUGGAUUUUGCCAAGCACUUGGCUUCUAGAGUGUUUGGGUUGAUAAUGAUUCCCUUGUUCCUGUACACUACAAUAUUUGCUGUUCAUUUUGUCAUCUUAAAUAGAAGUGGUCCAGGAGACGGUUUCUUCAGCUCAGCUUUUCAGUCUCGCCUGACUGGAAACAACCUGCAUAACGCCACCAUGCCAGAAUACUUAGCAUAUGGCUCAGCAAUAACAGUGAAGAACCUGCGAAUAGCUGGAGGAUAUCUUCAUUCCCACUGGCACCUGUAUCCAGAGGGGGUCGGAGCCCAACAGCAACAGGUCACAGCUUAUCUGCACAAAGACUUUAAUAAUCUGUGGCUCGUCAAGAGACCUGAUGAUGAUGAUCCCUCAGCGAGUCCCGAGCUCAUCCGACACGGUGACAUCAUUCGGUUGGAGCACAAAGAGACCUCACGCAACCUGCACAGUCACUUUCAUGAAGCACCACUGACUAAGAAGCACCUUCAAGUCACAGGCUAUGGCAUUAAUGGUACAGGCGAUCCCAAUGAUCUCUGGCAGGUGGAGGUGUGUGGAGGAAAGAAAGGUGACCCGGUGAAGGUGUUGCGUAGUAAAGUGCGCUUCCUGCAUCGUUCAACUGGCUGUGUGCUCUAUUCCUCAGGCAAGAUGCUCCCGAAAUGGGGCUGGGAGCAGGCAGAGGUGACAUGUAGUCCAUACUUAAAGGAAACUCCAAACUCCCAGUGGAACAUUGAAGAUCACAUCAACCCCAAAUUGCCCAACAUCAGUUUGUGUGUGCUAAAGCCUUCCUUCCUGGAGAUCCUACUUGAAUCUCAUGUUGUUAUGAUUAGGGGAAACAGUGGCCUAAAACCUAAAGACAAUGAAGUUAACUCCAAACCCUGGCACUGGCCUAUCAACUAUCAGGGCUUGAGAUUUUCUGGAGUGAAUGAAACAGAGUACCGUGUGUAUCUUUUAGGGAACCCGGUGAUCUGGUGGCUGAAUCUGUUCACUCUGGGUCUGUUUCUUGUCAUGGUGUGUGUGUUUACUCUGGCCAUACAGAGAGGAGCUAAACUCGAGGGAGGGAGGAAAGCACGCUGUCAGGUUCUUCUAGAAGGUGGUGGAAUGCUGUUCUUGGGAUGGAUGCUGCAUUACAUGCCCUUUUACAUCAUGGGGCGAAUUCUCUACUACCACCACUACUUUCCUGCCAUGCUCUUCAGCAGUAUGCUUACAGGAAUAACACUGGAUGCACUUUUGCAGAAUGCUGAUUUCCUGUUUUGUCCAGCUGUAUCAAAGUGCAUUUUAAGAGCAGGUCACAUGGUGAUACUGUUCGGACUCCUCUACAGCUUUUACCUGUUCCACCCUCUGUCCUACGGCAUGAAGGGGCCGCUUGCUCAUGAUCCUGCCUCCUCCAUGGCGGGACUCAGAUGGUUGGACUCCUGGGAAUUUUAAAGUGUUUUGACAUAAUACAUGGUGCAGGAAAAACAGAUGAUCUAUGAACUGGUCUAGAGACUAGAGAGCUGCUGAAACAGUGACAUUACUUUUUACGAGAUCGUUAUUAAAUAUGCUAGAUUUGCUAACUUAUAAAUGAUGACAUUAAAAUGUCCUCAGUAUUGUAAAGCAUUAAUUAUUUAAUUGUUCGUUUGUAGGCUUGUUGGAUAUACAUUACAACUAUAAACAACUCCAGGUUUCAGUGAAAUAAACAAUCACACAAAGUGCCUUUUAGGUCAUAAAUAUAUUAGAAGUAGCGACCUUUCACUGAUAUAGUGGAUUAGCGCUGAAAGGACGUUUCUUGGAGUUCUGGAAAUCUCACUUUCUUGUUUUGGAGGAUUUCUACAUUAUGGUCAAAGUUUUUAAAUAUUUGUUUGCAGUAUCUGAUAGUAGCUGUCAAUAUCCAGUCUGUGAAAUUGUACAGAUUGGAUUGUCCAGCAGAUCAUUUUAAUGUAAAUAUUAAAUAUUUUUUAGAAAA